UAUAGAUAGGAAGGUAUACACCGAGUGCGUUGUGAUCUAGUCUGAUUUAGUCAAAAGUUAUUAACCGUUGAUAUAAACAAACAGAAAUGGCUGCAGGAUUAUCUCCAGUGGUAUCUGAUCUAGAGAUCAAUAGGCUAUUUACAGUGAUAGAAAGUAAACGCGUUGAAGUAAAAAUAGGAAAGGAUGAACGUUCAUGCCAUAUAUAUGGUAUAACAGUACUGCCAAAAGGAGAUAUCAUUUUAAUUAACAGUGGGAUUGGAAAGCUCAACCUGCUGUCAACGGACUACAAGGUUGUGGACCAUGUUCGCGUACCAGAGAUGCCAUUGGGCAUCUGUGUUGUGUCCGACAACCAGGUGGCUGUAUGCACUUCUGAAAAGAAGAUACUGUUUUUCGAUGUAGAAGACAGAAAACUUCUCAAGAUGGAGCGGGAAAUUGAACUGACCCAUGACUGCAACCAUGUGUCAUACAUGGCAAUGCACCUCAUAAUAUCGUCUGAUGAUACAGUGAACCAGUACACACUGGCUGGUCAGAGGGUAAGGGAGAUCUACAAAAUAGAUGGAUUGGGUUGGUAUAGAGUUGCAGUGAGCCCUUCCAGACUUUACAUCACGAAUUAUAAUGAAAACAAACUGAUUACGGUGGACAUGCAGGGCGAAGUGAUCGCUACACUGGUUGAUAAUGACCUUGAUCGCCCCACAGGUGUGUGUGUGUCCCCUAGUGGACAGGUGUUUGUGUGUGGCUAUAUUUCCGACACCAUCUUACAGGUGGACAGUCAGGGCAAUCAAAAGUUGGCUACACUGGCCAACAAGAAGAAUGAUGUGUCUUGCCCACAAUCAAUGCACUUUAACAGUAGGACAUCAUCCCUUCUUUUAGGGCAAAACAAUACUGAUGAUCUUUUGGUGUUGAAACUUAAAUGAAAAAGAAAUCCUAUUACCAUUAAAUUAUCAUAGAACUAACAGUAAACUAAACUGAUUUAAAUACAAGAAAGAAUCAUUGAUCAAAGGAAUUUGGUAAACUGAUAAACUAUAAAGUAUUCAAUUUUUUUGUCAUCUGCUUAUCAUCUGUUAUCAGCUGUUUAGUGAUAAACUAUAUAGUAUUCAAUUCAUUUGUCAUUUGCUUAUUAUCUGUUAUCAGCUGUUAAGUGAUAAACUAUAUAGUAUUCAAUUCAUUUGUCAUCUGCGCACAUCUGUUAUCAGCUGUUUAGUGAUUAGAUAUAUAGUAUUCAAUUCAUUUGUCAUUUUCUAAUCAUAUGUUAUCAGCUGUUUAGUGAUAAACUAUAUAGUAUUCAAUACAUUUGUCAUAUGCUUAUCAUCUGUUAUCAGUUGUUUAGUGAUAAACUAUAUAGUUUUCAAUUUAUUUGUCAUUUUCUUAUCAUAUGUUAUCAGUUGUUUAGUGAUAAAAUAUAAACAAAUCAAUUCAUUUGUCAUCUGCUUAGCAUCUGUUACCAGUUGUUUAGUGAUAAACUAUAUAGUAUUCAAUUCAUUUGUCAUCUGCUUAUCAUCUAUUAUCAGCUUUUAAGUGAUAAACUAUAUAGUAUUCAAUUUUUUUGUCAUCUGCUUAUCAUCUGUUAUUAGCCGUUUAGUGAUAAACAAUAUAGUAUUCAAUUUAUUUGUCAUCUGCUGAUCAUCUGUUAUCAGAUGUUUAGUCAUAAACUAUAUAGUUUUCAAUUUAUUUGUCAUCUGCUUAUUAUCUGUUUACAGCUGUUUAGUGAUAAACUAUAUAGUAUUUAAUUCAUUUGUCAUUUUCUUAUCAUAUGUUAUCAGCUGUUUAGUGAUAAACUAUAUAGUAACCAAUUCAUUUGUCAUCUGCUUGUCAUCUGUUCUCAGCUGUUUAGUGAUAAACUAUAUAGUAUUCAAUUCAUUUGUCAUCUGCUUAUCAUCUGUUAUCAGCUGUUUAGUGAUAUGUGAUACUAAUAGCAAAAACUCAUCAAAUGAUUUCGAAACUUCUCUAAAACAAUUUCGAUUGCAUUUCAAAUCUCGAAUUUGAAAGAUCAAAAAUAUCAAAUGACACCGUAAUCACAAUAAAGCUACAAGUGUCAAUUUGCAUUAAAUAAUGUAUGUUAAUUACAAAAAAAUGAUUGCAUUUCUUACUCAAAUUUCAAAGAUCAAGAAUAUUAAAUGACAUCAUCAUCACAAUAAAGCUACUAGCGUCAAUAUUUGCAUUUAAUAAUGAAUGUUUAUUAUAAAACAAAACAGUAAUUUUAAGGGCAAGAACACCAGCGUAUGUGGUCAAGAUAGAGGGAGAAUUAUAGAAAUGAACACAUUUCUGAGGAAGAUUUCUUUUGAUUGGACUACAGAAAAAAAAACGCUUUGGUAGAAACAUUAUCAUUGUGCUGUUUAAAUUUCUCUUUAAAUGAUUGAAGUUUAUUAGCCUUUUGCCAUUAUUUUUAGAUUCAAUAUUUUGCAUUCAAGAUAUCUUUCGGUACAUCUGCAUCAACCAACCCUUUUUUAAAAGUUAUUUGACCUCUAUUUGAAUUUAACUUUGAAAUACAUAUGAAGUCUUACAGUUUUAUAGUUUUGAUUUUUUUUUGUCACAUGAACAGCUGAUUUGUGCAUCAAUGCCUUUAAUCUAGAUUUCCAAUUGUCUAGAAAGCUGCCGAAAAUUAUAUUUUUUUCGGAAAGCGUUAGUAAAUAAAUACAACACAUUAUUUUUUAAUGUUUAAAAAAUACCACUAGUAUACGUAUUACUACUUAAUUAUCUCUUGGUUAUACUAUUGUACACCAUGUCGGGUAUAUUUAUUGACAUAUGUUUUUAUGGACUCUUUGUCGGGUAUAUUUAUUGACAUAUGUUUAUUGGACCUCAUAUUGUGUAUAUUUAUUGACUAAUGUACAUUAGACUCUUUGUUUGGUAUAUUUGUUGUUAUUGGACUCUUUGUUUGGUAUAUUUAUUGACUAAUGUACAUUAGACUCUUUGUUUGGUAUAUUUGUUGACAUAUGUUUAUUGGACUCUUUGUUUGGUAUAUUUAUUGACUAAUGUACAUUAGACUCUUUGUUGGGUAUAUUUGUUUACAUUACUGUACAUUAUUGUACUCUAUGUUGUGUAUUUGUACUGUCAUAUACAUUGUACUCCAUAUCCUGUAUAUUUAUUGACCUAUAUCAUUUUAUAUAUUUAUUGACAUAUACACAUUGUACUUCAUGCUAUGUAUCUCUAUUUACACAUGUUCAUUGUACUCCAUAUCGUAUACAUUUUGACAUGUACGUUGUACUCCAUGCUGUCUUUCUCAGUUUAAACAAAUGAGACGUAAGCAAUUUUGUAAAUUCAAAAUGUAUAAUAGGUAUAACGUAAUGCAUGCCCAAACACUAAUCGUCAGCUCAAAUAAGCUUUAAGAAAGGCAUCAAAGAAAGAUGUUGUAGAUAAGUAAGUUAGGGAGCGAUCAAACUCAGUGUUUGUUAAGACAAGGUCAUUUGGUAAGGCGCCUUGCUUCUGAUCCGGCGAUCGUGGGUUGGCGACCAACAAUUGUCUUUUUUUCCCACCAGGUCUACUUUAAUGAUACCAAUAAACAGUGUGACCUUGUUUUUCUAGUCUUGAUAAGAGGUGCAUGAGAAAGAGAGCAUGCAAAGUGAAAACGGACAAAUGUACAAGUUAACGGUCAUUUAAUUAAACAAUGGGCUUGAAUAUGCGAUCUGGUUAUGGAUAUAACAAAGUUUGAUAAAGAUUGGAUAACAAAUAUUAACGAUAGAAGAUAUAAAUAAAAGUGUGACGAUAC